GCUUCAUACAUAUCUGGUAAAGCAUCAAACUUAGGCUACAAGCACUCAAAGCCAAGUCACCAUGUCUUUCCUAUCAGACUUCGGCUCCAAGCCUAAGCAUGCCAGUCCCCAGACGAACUCCCAAAAUGAACAAGCAGACGAUCAGUCGCUGGCAACCCUGCUCACCCUUGAGCAGCGUGCCGAGCUUAGCCUAUUAAUUACCAACACUACAGAGAAUAUGAGAAAUGAUAUCAUCAACGGAUUCGAGAAGAUCCCAAAAUCAGACACCGAACAAGAAAAGCCUUCAGAAGCGGAACCAGACCUCUCCAAACUGAACAUCGAAGACCCUGGAGAUGGCAGCCAAGAGGCCGAAGCUGAAGCCCUUCAGCAACAGGAACGCGAAGCAGCAAAACAUGAAGAGGAAGCCACAGUCUCCGCUACUCCUCAAAGUGAAGCCUUGAAGAAAUCAGCUCUCGAAUUCUUUGAUAAGUGGUCCGAGAGCGUGGUCCUAAGAGUGGGUGAAGUGGUCAACUCGCGAGAAGAAAGGGAGAAUGCACAGCACGCUCGCAAACCUCCAACUCAGACCAACAACCCACAAUAUGUACCCAAUGAGCGGGAUAAGGUGGCAGAUGCGCGACUCGCCAAACUUUACCCACCAGUCCAGACACAAUUGGCGAGUUUAAGUCACCUUGAACGCUCCACUAUCCUCAAGGCGAUCCUCCUGAUGCUACUCAGUCUCGAGGCUUAUCGAGCCCAUUCUCGGACGCUGAUAUUGCGUCUCGCCACAUCGCUGCACAUCUCGGCGGGUGAGUUAAGCAAGAUGGAGAAAGACACUGCAUUCGGGCUCCUAGCGGCCGCAAGCAAAAUGGACGCUGGUGACUCUGCCUCUGCAGCCCAGAAGGCCAGCGCAACAGCACGAAAAUGGAAAGUAGGACUGGCCAGCGUGGCUGGCGCGGCACUUAUUGGCGUCACGGGCGGUCUGGCUGCACCGUUGGUGGCUGCUGGGGUCGGUGGACUUUUGGGCGGUCUCGGACUCGGAGCAACCGCUGCGGCAGGGUACCUCGGCGCCCUGGCCAGCAGUGGAGUCCUCGUCGGUGGACUGUUUGGAGCGUACGGCGGACGCAUGACAGGCCAGAUGAUGGACAAAUACGCGAAGGAGAUCGAAGACUUUGCGUUCCUCCCGGUCAAGGGUUCCGUGAAUGACAGCGAGGAAAAGCAGCACGAGCGACGGCGGCUGAGAGUCACCAUCGGGAUCACAGGCUGGUUGACGAAAGAAGAGGAAGUUACGCAGCCAUGGCGAGUGCUGGGCGACGGCGGCGAACCCUUCGCGCUGCGCUGGGAGCUACAAGCCCUGAUGAACCUGGGGAACGCGUUGGGAAACUUCAUCUCGUCCAAAGCUUGGGGCUACAUCAAGAAGGAGAUCAUCAAGCGCACAAUCCUGGCUGGUCUGUGGUCCGCUUUGAUGCUGCCGUUUGGAAUCCUGAAGAUCGCGAAAAUGGUCGACAGCCCGUUCGGUGUCGCGAAGCUGCGCGCCAUGAAGGCAGGCGAGGUGCUCGCUGAUGCACUCAUCAACAAGGCCCAGGGUGAAAGACCCGUGAGUCUGGUCGGGCACUCGCUCGGCGCCAGGGUGAUUUACUCGUGCUUGCUAGCGCUCGCCAGGAGAGAAGCCUUUGGUCUGAUUGAGAGUGUGGUGCUCAUCGGCGCCCCCGUGCCAAGUGAUGACGAGGUCUGGCGAUCGAUGCGCAGCGUGGUCACCGGCCGUGUGAUCAACGUCUAUUCCGAGAAUGACUAUAUUUUGGCGUUCUUGUACCGCACCAGUAGCGUCCAACUCGGCAUUGCAGGCCUGCAGGAGAUCAAGGGGGUGUAUGGCGUUGAAAGCUACGAUAUGAGCGGUGACGUUACGGGCCAUUUGAAGUAUCAGAACAUGGUGGGCAAGAUCCUGACUGAGGUCGGCUGGACCGACGUCAAUGAAGAGGCGUUGAAGCGCGAACAAGUUAUCCUCAAACACAUAGAGGCGCAGGAAAAGCAGCAAGAAAAAGAAGAAGAGAAAGAGGCAGGCGAGGAGAAAAAGUCUUGAAUGCUCUAGGCUCAUGGAGUGACAGGGUCCACGCGAAAGAGGCUGCUAACUAGCAGAACGAAUAUACGAAGUAAAGAACACGGCAUUGUAUUAGUAUCAGAUCUGCAUC